AUGGAAACAACCACUCCCGAAGGGUUGCAGCGAGAUCGCAAAGAUAUAGGAACACGGGCUCAUCGCGGUCGAGGAGGCUCUGAUAAGCUCAAGGGACAUCCAAGAGACUCGCCCGAGACGCGUUUUUCCAAAACGUUGUCGUGGAUAUUACGCCACGGCGCAGAAUCAGAAGGUCUCCCAAUGCGAGCUGACGGCUACGUGCGGCUGACUGACCUCUUCAUGGUCAAUAAAAUGAGGGGUAUAGAUUUUUCUACGCUUGAGAAGAUUGUCCAGAACGACAACAAGCGUCGGUAUAAUCUCAUACGCGAGGCCGAUCAACUUUCUGGCUCAGCGGAAGAGAUCUGGUGGAUCAGAGCCAAUCAAGGACAUUCUCUGAAGACAGUUGCGAUGGAAUUGCAACCCAUAAAUUCAGUGGCGGAUAUUCCGACUGGAGUCGCAGUGCAUGGCACCACACGAAAAGCCUGGAAAGUCAUUUGUGCGCUGAACACCUCUCUAUACUUUGAACAAUAUUCAGUUAAGAACUUGGGCGUCUUAGGUGAACAGGGGCUGUCUAAGAUGUCCCGUAACCAUAUCCAUCUCGCGCAAGGUGUACCCGGCUCGAGUGUCAUCAGUGGCAUGCGUAAUUCAUCACAGAUUCUGGUAUUUGUUGAUGUGCAAAAAGGCAUUGAUGCAGGGAUCAAGUUCUAUCUCUCCGCGAAUGGAGUCGUCCUCACUGAAGGCGACGACAGGGGAUUUUUAGGCCCACAAUUUUUUUCAAGAGUGGAGGAUUCAAACCGUGAGCCCUUGGUAGGAUGGGAAGGCAUUCAGGUGCCACUAGUCUCAAUACCCGGAUUUACAAGAUAA